AUGAAUGAAAUGUGGCUCGAUUGUUGGACGAAUACUAACAACAAUGUAUAUUCACAACAACAUUCUAGUUAUGAUGAAUUCAAUUUGCAUCCUAUAAUUGAAAUAACUCAUUCAUAUCAAUAUCCAUAUAAAUCAAAACAAUGUUCUAUAGAUAUUAGUAAAACUAUUGAUAUAGAUAAUGUAUAUAAUAAUAUUGAAUUAACAUGUCAUAGUUCCAAAGAUGAUCAAUUAACGAUAAAAACUCUUUCCCAUAAUCAUCUUUAUUUAUCGCAUUCAGUUUCAAAUCUUCUUGACACAACUUAUCAACCGAAUGACGAAGAAUUAUCAACGUCAAUUAUAAAUUUUGAACAAAAACAAUUUUCUGAUCAUAAUAAUAUUACAAUAACAAAAUUAUCAAAACUUAAUAAUGAAAAAAUUUCUCAUUCAACAACUGUUUACACUCCAUGUUUAGUAUGUGGUGAUGAAUCAAGUGGAUUUCAUUAUGGUGUUAUUUCUUGUGAAGGUUGCAAGGGUUUUUUUCGUCGAUCUAUAUCUCAAGGAAUGUCACAUCAUUGUAAUAAUAUGGGUAACUGUGAAAUAACAUCAUUUAAUCGUAAUUCUUGUCAAUAUUGUCGAUUAAAAAAAUGUUUUAAUGUUGGUAUGAGUCGACAAGCAUCACGAUUAGGUCGACGACCUAAACGAUUACAUUCUGAUACUAGAAAUAUAAUUGAAAAUGUCAAAGAACAAAUAACAAAUUCAUCAUUAUCAAAAAUAUCUAUACAAGAAAUUCAAUGUCAACAACAAGUACAAUUUAUAAAUAAAGAUUCAAAUAUUUAUAAGCAACAAACAUCAUCAAUUGAACGAGACGAACAAAAUUCAUUAAUCAAUAGUAUGGAUUCAAUUAAUUCAAUGAUAUCCAAAAGAUUUUCAUCAACUGAUCAACCGUCAAAUUUAAACUUUCCUGAUUGUCUUUUUCAACAUCGUCAAAUAACAAUCGUACCAGAAAUUCAUCAAGAGAUUCUACGAAAAUUAUCAUCAAUGUUAAUUUAUCAAGAAAAAUUAUUAACCGAUAUUGAAAUAAAAGAAAUUGAUCAGACAGCAAAAGUUAUUAUUAAUACUCAUCUUCAAUUUUGUGUAUGUACAUUUGAGAAAAUUAAAAUUAAAAUUGAAGAAAAUCUACCUAUUUGGGCAAAUUCAAUUAGUGAUGAUUUUAAUUCUGAUCCAAUUUUAGUAUGGACUAAUUGGCUAUCAAGUAUUCCACUUGAAAGUGUUUUUAAAGUAUUUAAAUAUAAUACACUUUUUCAGCGAGUUUCAUUCAAUGAUCAAACUUGUUUAUUUCGAUAUGGAGCUUUUGAAACUUUGCUCGUCAGUUGGUUCACUUUAUUCGAUGCAAAACGAAAAUUAAUGCUUACAUCGGAUUUUUCAGCUUAUAUGAACAGAGACUUCAUUAAGAAUAUAAAAACAUUAAGCAUAUUUAUGUUAGAAAUAUUUGAUUUGGGAAUGCGAGCCAGUCAUCUUCAAUGGACAGACAGUGAUAUAGCUUUGUUUAAUGCACUUUUAUUUAUGAAUCCAGAUGAACCGGACAUGUUUCUAAAUAUUCUUCAAUUAAUACCAUCAAUUCAACAAGUCAAUCAAGGUCAUUUGAAUGCUGUUAAAUAUAUCAAACGAUAUAAGCCACAACUUUUUAAUUCUUUACCGGAUGUUUAUCGAAAUACUUAUGAAGAUCUCUCGUCGUAA